CAACAUCUGGCUAGGCAUUGCCAGCCUAACAACCCUGUGAUAGAGAAAUGAGAAGUGCUGUAGUAUCACUGAACAAGUGACCAAUUGCAAAAAUGCCUAUACCACGACGUUCUGCUGGCCGGUUUUUCGCAGCCUUUUAUGACUGGAGCUGUCUUGCACAACGACCGCAUUAUACUUCCCGAAGCUUUACUGUUCAGCCCAACGGCGGUUGGUAUUGCCAAUCGCAAAGCUCUAGAUCGCUCACGACUACAAGAAUACAUCAAACAUCGGAAGGUCAGCUCCGCGCGAACACCGAGGAAGAUGGCCGAAUUAUGUCGAUUGGCUCUUCAGGUGGAGAGGCGAUCUCUUCGGAUACUAAGAUAUUGAGCAAUGAAGAGAUGGCACAGAACAAGAAAGGGAGCAUAGAACAGGAGCGAUCGCGGAACAAUGCGCCUGAAGAGUUGCAACAUUCGUUACGCACCCUAAUGCGUAGAGUCACACAUCCUAUCGUGGUCCUCACAGCAGCUUCCGCCGAUACCGAAGGGAAUGCAGAACCUGUGGGCAUGGCUAUCUCUUCCUUCAACACCGUAACGCUCCAUCCGCCUACAAUAUCGUUUAAUAUCCAAAGCCCUUCACGCACACUCACUGCAAUUCGGGAUGAAGGUGGAAAUUUUCUUGUCCAUUUUCUUCCGCCUUCUCUCAAAUCUGCGGUGAUCGCCGAUGCUUUCACAUGGGGGAAUGGUCCGUCAGCCCUUGCGAACCGGAAAGAUGUCCUAAAUGAUGGUCAAACGCCAGCAUCAUCGAAGAUACCCAACGACCAGGUGGCCGCAUACAUGUCUUGUAAAAUCGUCAAGGAACUCGAUGUCGCAGACCAUGUAAUAAUUGCUGCCGAGGUCCUUGACAUUCAAGAUUGCACGACAAGCGCCGCACCCUUCUUGACAUAUGUCAACGGCCAUUUCAUCGACAAGCGCGGCCGUUUAUUCACAAAAGAAAACAUAAAAGAGCUUUCUCUUAAGCAUCGUAGCCCGUCACAGCUCAAUCAGACCAUAAAUGCAUCCGAAUCUAUAUCUCAUACGACCAAAGACAACAAGCAAGCACGAGAUUCUUCAUCUGAGGGCACCAUGUUCAAGCAGGAGAUAUCACUGGAGUUGUUGGAAGAUCGUGUACGCCAAUUCGUGCGGACACGCCCCAUACAGGCUGCAACAUGGCAGUCGGCAGAGAUACUUGCAGCUCUGAAUAUGGCAGUCGACGCACAUGUCACAACUGAACAGGGUGUCAUGCCAUCAACUUCCGCUCGGAUUGUAUCUUCGCUAAUACGAAAAGCUUGUGGUGAGCAACUACCUCACUUGAAUGGACAGGAGCGACAAGUUGUAGCUGCAUAUUUGAGGCGGUCGCGUGAGACUCCUAAAUCGCUACGAAUCAUAAAAGUUGGGAGCGAACGUUUCGAAUGGACAAAAUACUUUGCGAAGGAUUUCUCAGGAGAGGCGGUUGGUUUUGAGACGGUGAAUGAGGCUUCUGAUCCAGGCCACGGAAGUUCUGAAGCUGCUAUGAAAGUGGCUGAAACAAGGGGAACUUUCGAGGAGAAACCUGUUGUGCCAGGCGCAUUCCAAGCAUAUAAACUCGAUGGCAGCAGAAGAUCUUAAAUUAACAAACAGGCGGAAGGCCUUUAGACAUUCGAAUGAGGCUACCAAAAUGGAGGGGCUUACAGAGUUGGUAUCAGGACGAGUGUCAAUCGAUCAAUAUUGCGGGAAUAUGCUACCAAAGAUGUCACGAGUAAUCUUCCGUGUGGAAACCGAGUGCAAAGGCCUGUAUCCGUCGCUGUUCGAGGUAGCCGUAACACUGAUAGAUAUCCACAUUCCGCCUAUCUUCCGAACCUAAUCAAUGUAUAGGUUCACGC